CCCCCCCCCCCCCCCCCCCCUCCUCCCCCCCCCCCCUCCCCCCCCCCCACCCCUCCGCCCCCUCCCCCCCCCGCCGUCCCUAACUCCUGCAGCUGGACCAUUUGGAUUUUCAAGCCAAAGUCGCACCCAGUCACAGCCACAAUAUUUCCGUCACCCCGUCUUCCGCCACCUCCUCCCUCCCCCCCUCCCCCCCCCUCUCCCCCUCCUUCCCCCCUCCCCUCCCCC